AUGGACGACGACAUCCCGUUAUUGCGCUGCCCGCUCUGGCAAUCGGUGGCGGAGUUGGAUCCGCAGGUGAUAGAGCACUUCAAGCAGUCCAUGAAGUACACGAACCGGUUUUUGAAGGUCUUCCGCACCUGCAUCGACCUCCCGAUGCAAACUCUUCGCCUCGCGGGGGGGAAGUUGAAGGAAGGUGGGGUGGUAAGCCCGGACCUCCACACGGUCCUGACCCCCAACAUCACCACCGCACAAUCCCUCCCGGGCGCCGCGAAGCCGCACUUUUACUACCACCUCGCGGCGAUGCCUUUUAGGGUGUCCCCGUGCGUCUGCGAGCCCGGGGAGGGCGACAACGACCCACCGCAGAUGACCACGGGCGCCAUCCUCGCCUUCACCGACAUGCUCACCUCAUUUCACGUCUGGUUUGUGAACUGCCCGAACCCCACGCGGCAUAUCUCAAUGAGCCUUCAGUGCCAUUCCUGCGGGCCGUUGGUGAGGGGGGAGCCCUAUAUCGCGCUCUCCCGCAUCGAUCGGAUGGGGAAUCGCAUCGUCUACACGAGUAUGGAGUUCAUUAAAGCCGCCUGGCCGCCGCGGGGGCCGCCGCCGGGGUCGUUGGAUACGCUGGCCAAACUCCGCGCGGCGCUGCGGGAGUGUGAGGUGGUGGUGAGCGCAAAGCACACCAAAUCCAUCAUCCCCUCCAACGUGCUCAACCGGGACGCCAAAACUUCGGAAAAGGACACGGUCCCUCGCGCUGAAGCCGGCACCCCGGCCGCCGAAGCGAAUGAAAUGGCAUUAAAAGGGAAUUAA